AUGUUUGGAACCAAUCCCGGAACCGGCGGUUCCAGGAGCUGGUGUCAGUUCCUGGAUCUUGGCAUCGUCGUAACUUCCUGUUCAAGGGUUGUUGAUCGUAACACAGAUCUUGCAAUGGAAUUGGAAUCAGAUACAGAACACAACCACAACAUGAUGAUCGAUCACAAGGUUCCAACACAUAACAUGCAAAUUGAUCCAUCAAGAUCUCGUUUUCCAUGUUGCAUUGUAUGGACUCCUCUUCCUGUUGUUUCAUGGCUUCUUCCUUUUGUUGGUCAUAUUGGUAUAGGCAGAGAAGAUGGAGUCAUUCUAGACUUUGCAGGACCUAACUUUGUGUGUGUAGAUAACUUCACUUUUGGAGCUGUCACUCGUUACAUUCAAAUAAGUAAAGAUAAGUGCUCCAUAACAUCCCAUCCAGCCACCAUGUACAGAAGUGAAGAAGAAUACAAGCUAAUUGGAGUUUCAAGGUGGAGGGUGGAAUGUGGUGAAUGUGGCAAUAAUGAUUUUGAUGAAAGGAAAAUGGGUUUGAAUGACUCAACUGUGAAGCAACCUACCAUCAUAAUUGAUGAAACAGUUGAUGAAUUAGCUGAAAACAUUGGAGAUUGGAGGUUUUCAGAAUCUGAUUAA